AUGACGAGUUUCCUAGGUAAUAACAAAGGUCUGGUCGACUUUGACCAGAAAAGCCUCGCAAUUGCGGCAGCAUCUAUUGCUUUCAAUCCAAUCUUCUGGAACACCGUCGCUCGUCAAGAAUAUCAUAACAAAAUCCUCACGAAACUCUUCAACGGAAACUCAAGAUAUGGAUGUUACUUCCUCGCCGUCACCAUCUUUUCCCUCGGUAUCUUCCGCGAUUUCCUCUAUGAACGCGCCCUUCGCUCUCAACCUACUCAUCCAUUACUUCUCUCUCCUCUUGUCACAUAUGCAUCUUAUGGACUUCUUCUUGCCGGUAACACGCUCGUCUUGAGUUCAAUGUGGGCUCUUGGUGUCACGGGUACAUAUCUCGGUGAUUAUUUUGGAAUCUUGAUGGAUAAGAUGGUGACGGGCUUUCCGUUCAAUGUUAGUAGUGCACCAAUGUACUAUGGGAGCACAAUGAGCUUCUUGGGUACAGCACUUUUGUGGGGAAAGCCAGCGGGCAUCUUGCUCACAGUCGAGGUGUUGGUUGUUUAUCUUUUGGCACUGAGGUUUGAGGAUCCAUUUACAGCUGAAAUUUAUGCCAAGAGGGAAAGAGAGAGAAGUGAGAAGAAGGGUAAGAAGGGAUUGUAA